AUGAUUAACAUUGACAAACCCAGCACUUGUUCAAUAGAGGUACCAUUCAAAAUUGCCGUCUCAGAUGAACAGAUCGACCAACUGCGUCGAAAACUAGAGGCAGCGGUCUUCCCAGAUGAAUUAGAUGAAGCUGGAUGGGACUAUGGUGCCCCAUUAGCCGACAUGCGACGCCUGGUUUCUCGAUGGAAAGGCGGUUAUGAUUGGAGAAAAUACGAGGCACAACUCAAUGAAGAGUUACCACAGUUUACUCGAGAUAUAGAGGUCGACGGCUUUGGAAAACUCAACAUCCAUUACGUCCAUAAGAAAAGCGAAGUAACAAAUGCCAUUCCACUGUUGUUUGUUCAUGGAUGGCCUGGGAGCUUUUAUGAAAUACGAAAAAUAUUACCAUUACUUACCGACAGCUCUUCAGACCAUCCUAGCUUCCAUGUUGUCGCUUUCAGCCUACCAGGAUACGGAUUUUCUGAGGCCCCAAAGAAGAAAGGAUUUGAACUCGUCCAAUUUGCAGAGGUUGGGAAUAAGUUGAUGGUGGCACUUGGGUAUAACGAAUAUGUCACUCAAGGAGGCGACUGGGGCUUCUUCAUAACUCGUAGGUUGGCACAAUUGUAUGGUCCUAAACAUUGUAAAGCAUGGCACACCAAUCUCCCCCUGGCACCGCCUCCGUAUCUAACCCGCAAUCCUUUAACCUAUCUAUCCCACCUAUUCUCCAGUUAUACUGCAGCUGAAAAGCAAGGCAUGGAAAGAUCUCAGUGGUACUAUCAGAAAUCAAGUGGAUAUUUCCAAGAACAGUCCACGCAGCCUCAGACUCUAGGUUACAGUUUGGCUGAUUCUCCGGUCGGCCUGCUCGGGUGGAUAUAUGAGAAGUUGGUUGUUUGGACCGAUGAUUAUCCCUGGGAAGACGAUGAAGUCUUGACAUGGAUUUCCAUCUACUGGUUUUCGCGCGCCGGACCUGCAGCGUCUGUGCGAAUAUACUAUGAGGUCUCCAAAGCGAAUCCAGGGUUCCUUGGUGGUAACCCGAAACCACAGCCAACGACCAUUCCAAUGGGUCACUCCUAUUUCCCUAAAGAGCUCAUUAUCCCUCCUCGCAAGUGGCUUAAAGCACCGAACCUGGUUUUUGAAUCUGACCACCAAAAAGGAGGCCACUUCGCUUCUCACGAGAGACCGCAGGAGUUGACUGAUGAUUUGCGCAAAAUGUUUGGGCGAGGAGGACCUGCAUUCGGUGUCGUACCAGGGAAGAAUGGAUAUGCAUAA